AAAAAUGUUUGGAGAAGGAUCUGAAUGCGACCCUGACAUCAUCAAUGCCUUGGAUGCUGCAGCAAGAUGAGAAUUCGUCACGGAACAUUGCGAGCAUGAAUCUCUGUUCAAUUUCUUCGCAAUGCAUUACUGUGAUUUUGAUGAAAGAAUGUACGCAACGAUUCCUUUACUAAUAUUGAUCUUAUUGCUUGCUUUCUAUGCUCUUGGAUCGACUGCCGAUGCUUACCUCACCCCUGCUCUUGAGAAGGUUUCGACGACACUGAAAAUGUCAGAAUCCCUAGCUGGCGUGACCCUCUUAGCACUGGGAAAUGGAGCACCUGAUGUUAUUGCCUCUAUCUCAGCAGCAGAUGGUGCUGAAGGAGGAAUGUUUUUCUCAGUUGGAGCUCUCACCGGAUCUGGCAUAUUCGUCACAGGUGUGGUAUCUGCAGUAGUUAUCCUAUCCUCAAAGAAGGAGAUAAAAGUUCUAGGAAUUCAUAUGUUCAGAGAUAUUGGGUUUUAUGUUCUUGGCCUGGUAGUCUUGGUCAUUGCUGCAAUUGUUGGAGAACUCAACAUCUUCUUUGCAGCAGCUUUUAUUCUAAUAUAUGUUGCUUAUGUAGUCACAGUUGUUAUCAUGGACACCUUAGAAAAACGAGCUCGUAAAGCAGGUGCCAGUAAAGGAAUGAGAGCGACCUUUGUUGAAGAAAACGAAGAAGAUGAAGAAGAAGCCUACUUCUACCAAGACGCAAACGAUCGUAUCGUUGAAAUUGAAAGAGUUGAGCAGAGGAAGACUGUUCAAGAUGGCGAUCCACAAAGAUUCCGGAUAAGUCUCAACAACCAGGACAAAGAAUCUUUUAGGUCAGGUACUAGUUACACAGAAAGUCUCGAUAGUGAAAAGAAUGGUCAGCAAGAAAAGAAAGAGCAGUACAACAUCAAUGGGGAAGGGAAUCUAGCAAAGUCGUACACAAGCCCAAUGGUUCCUCGUGCUGAAGAGAUAUCUUUUUCAGUUAAUGAAAACAACGGCAAAAAGCAUGACCUGUCAGAAGGUGAUAGGAUUGAGAAAGAACCGGCCCUUGGAAAACUAGAUGAGACUAAUGCCAAAUCAAUAGUUAUUGAAGAUCACGUUGACGAGAUCAAUUCAUCUCAGAGAAGCAAUGGUGGAUCUGUCGAGACGAAGGGCAGGAUGAGAAGAGGCGCUGAAAAGGUAAGACGUAAAGUCGUCUGGUCCAUGCUCAAAAUGAAAAAGUUCAUGAAAACAGGUAUCCAAGGAGAGGAAUCUUGGGAGGAGAUGAGCGUCUUGAAGAAAAUUAUUUUUGUCCUCGUUGAUACUCCGCUGAAUUUUGUAAGAAAACUAACGAUACCUCCUGCGGAUGGAGAACAGUGGGAUAGAAACUAUGCUGCUUUAAGCCCAUUCUUUUCUAUCGCAUUCGUCUACAUAAUUGUUGGGCUUAUAGACUUUAAAACUGUACCUCAUUUAUCAUUCUGGAUAUUACAGGGAAUUGCCUUCACAUUAUCUGUUCUUAUCUGUUUCUUGACUCCAAAGAAUCAUGGGCCAAGGAGGACAAUGGUUAUUUUCUCGGUUUUUGCUUUCAUCAUGUCAAUAGUCUGGAUUUACUUCCUUGCUGGAAUUCUUGUUGACACGGUAGCUCUUCUAGGAGUUAUCCUCAGGUUUCCUCCAACUUUCUUGGCAAUCACAAUGCUUGCAUGGGGAAAUGCUAUUGGAGAUGUCAUGGCAAACUCAGCUUUUGCCAAGAAAGGGCUUGCAAAAAUGGCUUUAACAGCCUGAUUUGCUGCACCAAUCUUUGACUUCCUCAUGGGAGUAGGUCUAAGUAUCGUAGUACAAGUCAUUAACGGAACGACUCAUUUUGAGUUUGAGAUCGCCUCUGAAGAAGCAAGGUUACCAAUGAUAGCUAUAGGAGGUUUGAUCUUACAAGUAAUCCUGAUCUUUAUUAUCUCUUGUAUUUGUGGAUUCCGAAUGAAAAAGUUCCAAGGAUUCCUGCAGAUUCUAUACUUCUUGGGACUCAUCUCCUUUAUCACGAUAGCAGCAUUCACAUUUGCAAGAUAAAGAGUCACGUCAAUAGAUCCUACUAACAUUGGGGUUUUGGGGUUUUGG